GCUGCUCCGGGGGGACCGAGCUGCUGCGGGCCGGCGCGGGGUGUCCCGCUGCCCCCAUGCAGGGGAUGGGGAGCCUGCGGCUGGGCAGCCGCGCCGUCAUGUACACGGCCGAGACCCUGCCCAAGGGCAAGAACCGGGUGAUGGGGACCAUCCAGAUCAUGACCGGCUUCAUGUACAUCGGCUUCGGGAUCGUCCUGACCACGCUCACCAGCGUCUACACCUCCGUCUUCGUCAUCGGCGAGAUCCCCUUCCUGGGCGGCGUGUCCUUCAUCAUCUCAGGCUGCCUCUCCAUCGGGGCGGAGAAGAGCCCCACAGAGUGUGCGGUAAAGGGCAGCCAGACCAUGAACAUCAUCAGCGCCAUCUUCGCUCUGCUGGGCAUUGUCGCCUUCAUCGUAGACCUCAACCUGAACGGGCUGUACCGCUCCAGCUUCGACUACUACAGCUAUCUCAUCCCGCUCGCAGGGAACGGGAUUUCCAUCGUGCUGCUCAUCUUCACCAUCCUGGAGUUCUGCAUCGCUGUGGCCACUGCUAAUUUCUGGUGCCGGGCCACCCGUCUCAGCUCCAAUGAGGCCAUGCUGAUCGUACCCAGCACCACGCGGGUGGACCUGGCAGUGCCACCGGCUGACCUGCCGCAGCCGCCCAGCUACACUGAGGUGAUCCACGAUCCCAAAGAGCAGCCCAGCUAGAAGUGGAGCCGGGGCUGGGCUGGCUCCCAGGAGCAGCGUCCGACCCCUGCCUGCAUGACAGACCUCCUCCCACCACCGACGGUGCCUCCCCUGCGCCGGGAAAGCAUGUCACCCAUUCCCGGGAGCACCCAGGCACCUCCACCUCCCGCAUUGGGCGCUGCUCCAGGCAUGGGCGGGUGUGGGGGGCAGGGGGGAGGCCAGAGCCUCCUCAGACCCCACGGGGUGGUGGGUGCCAGGGGCCAUCCAGAGCCCUGUCCCCUCCUAGAAGCAGCAGCUCUUUGGUUUCUUUGCAGCUGGCCGCCCCUGAAGUCUAGCGAGGUGCUGGCCCCAAGGACUUCGGUGCAGGGUCCUGCCUCCAUGCUCCCGAAACCAUCCCCAGCCAGCUCCCCAUGCCCAGGGCUAUGGCAUCCUCUUCCUACUGCGCUGCAGGUGGGGACACACUGGUACCCCCCUCCUGAAAGCCAGCAAGCACCCUGGAUUUGCCCCCUCCUCGCCCAUCUCCUGCCCCCGCGCUAGGUCACAAAGAGAGACUCUUUGCCUGCUGCCUGCUUUGGAGAGCGGGCUUCUCUGGGGGGGGCGGGGGGGGGCAUCUUGGGGCUUCACGGGGUGUUUCUGCCUAUAAAUACCUGGCUGGCUCCUGGGGUUCAUUCAUGUCAGGGAUCAGGAGCUCCCCGAGGUCUGGCAGCCGUGUAGCAGGCAGCUUACGGAGACCCCAACAUGUGCUGGGAGCCGGGUGGGCAGCCGGACCAUCUACCUCUGCUCAUAUCCAGUUUGCUUUAUUUUAUCUUUGAAAUAAAUGCUCUGUCCAAUAAA